GAUCAAAAUCAGUGUGCUAAUUGCAACGGGCCUCAUACGGCCAAUUACUCCAAAUGCUCUGUGCUAAUAAGGUGGAAAACUCAUUGAGUACAUAUGAACCCCAUGCCUGUGUUGUGAUAUAUUCGAUAGUAGCGAGAGCAAGUUUUCAACACGCCGAAGAAACUUUGAAUUAUUUAUGGAGAGAAGGGUAUACUCAGGAGAAAAGCGUGAUAGUUGUGGGUAACAAAGCGGAUCUUGCAAGAUCACGAGUUAUCACGACAAACGAAGGAAAAGCCCUGGCUGUGGCGAGAGACUGCAAAUUCAUCGAGACUUCUAGCGGUAUCCAACACAACGUUGACGAACUUCUUGUCGGUAUCCUGAAACAAAUUCGUUUGAGAGAAUCAAGAGACAAGAAAAAGAAGCCUAAAAAGGAAAAUAACAAACUUCACGGAUCCAAGACGAGCCUAAGCCUGAAUAUCGCUAGGGAAAUAUUGCAGAAAAUCUGCAUGAACGACAUAAGCAAAUCGAAAUCUUGUGAGAAUCUACACGUGUUGUGAACACUUGCAAAUAUUUCCUAAAAAUCUAAUUCAUAAGGUGUUAUUUGGAACUAUUGAAGCUGGUUUUUAUGAGUUGAUUUAAUUAUCAGAUAAUAUGAUCAAUGAGGUUUGGUCUAUUCUUAUUGAUGACUUUUUGGCAGGUAAUAUUUUAGAAGUACAGUCCUCUCUCUAUUCCUCUAAACAUAGAGAAAAAGAGUUGUUACAGGUCUCCUUUCUUGAGCGGAUGAAAUCGUACCCACGCAUAGUAUCUCUUGACUCCAGGAAACUGACGCUGCUAUAAAAGGCAUUAUAUUUCAAUAUAUUUGGUAUAAAUUGGUACAUUCUCCAACAUUCGUAACAAUGACAAAUUGACGCAUUCUUUACAUCUUAUCAGACUCAGCCUAUUCUCUUUCUUAAAAAUAGGUUACAUUGAAUUAGUUCCUGAAAUUUUGACUCAUACCUUUCUAGGAUCAUUCUCCAGUACCCUAAUUUUCACGUACCUCAAUACUGAGUGCUGAUUUUUUUUAAACAUUUCGAUUCAAAAAACAAUUUAUAUUUCUCUAACACCCUGUUGCAGGACGUCCAGUAAAAUUUAAUGCCGUCAUUUUAAUUUUAAUUCUCCAGUAGAAUGAGCCUAUUGGCUACCUGCACCGUUUGAUGGUGGAUUCAAUUUUUAAUGCGGCAUUGAAUUUUAAUCAACUUUCCUGCAACUGAGUGUGGGGGAUUAUUUAUUAUUAUAUUCAGAGACAUCGGCAUAGAGUUCCAAAUCAAUUAUCAACUUAUAUUGUUAAGUAAGUUUAAAAAAAAAAUAAUUUCGGUUUAGAAGAUUUGAGUACAAAAUCAAAAUAGAGGCCAAUGACUUUGAUUCAAUGUUUGAUAU